AUGGCAGUCUCUACACCAAAUACCAUCCCCUCAAUCCCCAGAUCACCUCUCUCAACCCUCUCAGCGCGUCGACGCCAAGCCCUCAUCGUCGUCCUCAUUUCAGCCCUGUUGGCAAGAUCAGUCCCUCUCAAUGCGUCGUCUACUCUGCGGCGAUGGAAGGAAGACAGAGCAGCAAGGAGGGCAGAGAAGAAAAGGAGAGAGACUGAAACGCCUUUGAAUACCCCAGCAUUGGAAAAGAAAUUGGUCGAUCUGUACAUUCCUGACCCAUCCGGCUCUCGUACUCUGCUUGUACCUCAUCUCGGACGAAUAUCCAAAGUCAGGAUUACACCCACUUCUUCAGAAUUAUACGCUUCUCACUUACCUUCUUUCCCGCCUCUCGAUCCGGGAGAAAAGUUGGGAGUGAACAAGCAAUUUUGGAAAAUGUUAAUUGCAGUUCUUAGAGUGGCUUUCCCAAGUAAAACGGGUAAAGAAGCUUUCCUACUGGUCUUACAUACAUUUUUCCUGCUUUCUAGAACGGUCCUGAGUGUGAUGGUGGCAAGGCUAGACGGAAGGAUAGUAAGAGAUUUGGUAUCUGCCAAUGGAGCUGGGUUCAUGCGAGGUCUGGGAUGGUGGUUCGCAUUAGCUAUUCCAAGUAUAUAUACCAAUUCUAUGAUUCGAUACCUUGAAAGGAAACUCGCUUUGGCAUUUAGGACGAAUCUCACGCGAUAUAUUCAUGAUUUAUAUCUGAACGAUAAUUUGAAUUACUACAAAUUCGGCUUGGGGCUCGGUGUAGCAGUCCCAUCGGAGCAGAGGAAGAAUGGACAAAGUGGAGGAGGUAGUGGGGGUGCAAAUGAAGCUGCUGCUGGUACCGCUGACCAGUUCAUCACGACAGAUGUAGCAAGAUUUUGCGACUCUCUUGCUGCUCUAUACGGCAACAUAGGUAAACCCGCUCUGGACCUAUUGAUCUUCACCUCUCAGCUUGCUGCAUCUCUUGGACCGAUGGGAACUAUCGGUCUAUUUGCAAACUACGGCUUCACAGCUUGGGUAUUGAAGAAAGCUACGCCUGCGUUCGGUAGAAUGGCAGCUACUGAAGCUAGACUUGAGGGAGAGUAUAGAGCGGGGCUAGGACGGAUCGGAAGAGAUGGUGAAGAGGUUGCGUUUUAUAAUGGAGGCAAGAGGGAGAAAGGUAUUCUGCUAGCAGCAUAUGAGAAACUGGCGAAGCAUGUUCAUACGGUGUUCAAGGCAAGAAUACCCUAUGGAAUGACCGAAGAUUUCGUCAUAAAGUACUUCUGGUCGGCAUGUGGUUAUUGCCUGAUGUCAUUGCCUAUAUUGUUCCCUGCUGCUACCAAAGCUCUUCAAGCCACCCACUCGCAUGCUGGACAAGAAUUACAUCACGAAGUGGCGGAGAGGACAGAAAGUUACGUCUCCAACAGACGAUUGUUACUCUCUUUGGCGGAUGCUGGUGGUCGACUCAUGUACUCCGGUAAAGAUCUAGCCGAGUUAUCAGGUUAUACCUCCAGAGUAUACGCUUUGUUGUCUUCUCUCCAUUCUCUAAACAAUAAUAUAUAUCCUGAAAAUCCUAGACCCGCAAAUCUAGAGGAAGAUCAGCCAUUCUAUGAUCUGUCAAACGUCCACGGGAGAGUCAUCAUCGGACCUAAACAUCUCUUGAUUCGAGGUGUACCCAUCGUAGCUCCUGCCGGGGGAGCAGCAGGUGCCGAGAGAGGUGGAGAAGAGUUGAUACAUAGUUUAGAUAUGAGGGUGGAACAGGGUGAACAUACCUUGAUCACUGGGCCUAAUGGUGUGGGAAAAACUUCAAUCGCUCGAAUUGUCGCUCAGCUGUGGCCUACUUGGUCGGGACUGCUGGAACGACCGAUUCACGGCGAAGGAGGGAUAUUCUUCUUGCCUCAAAGGCCGUAUCUCAGUAUCGGAAGUUUGCGAGACCAUCCCCAUACUUAUGCUGAGAUGAAAUCUCGGGGAAGGACAGAUGCGGAACUGAUGAGUAUACUAAAACAUGUUCAUCUGGAGUAUCUCCCUUCAAGAGAGGGUGGCUGGGAGACGAGGAAGGAAUGGAAAGAUGUUUUGUCUGGUGGUGAGAAACAAAGAAUGGGAAUGGCAAGAUUAUUCUACCAUCGACCUACCUACGCCAUUCUCGACGAAUGUACAUCGGCGGUAUCGAGUGACGUCGAAGGAUUGAUGUAUGAACAUGCCAAGAGUCUAGGCAUUACGCUCGUGACCAUUUCCCACCGACCAUCAUUAUUGAAAUAUCACAAUCGACAUCUCAGACUAGGUGAUCCCACAUCGCAUCAUACCUCUUCAACCCCCCUCACUCGUACACCCGUAGCGUCCACGACGAAUCUUACGGGCCUGACUGCACCUCAGACUCCGUCUACUCCUCUGGCAGCACACGGAUGGCAACUUACCACUUUGACUUCUACCAGUGCCGAGGAGAAGAAGGAGCUCGAUCAUGAGAUUGAGGAGAUAGAGAGGCAGUUGGGUGAGGUUGAAGGUUGGGAGAGGAGGUUGGAAGUUAUUGGUAAGGAGUUAAGGGGGGAGAAAGUUGAUGGGGAUAGUGAGUGA